UGACCUAUCCAGAAAUUUCCCACAUGUUCACGCUCCUGUCUCAAUCCUCUCUUACUCUGUAACACAAAAUCCCCCCAAAUCUUCUAAUAUGGUAUCAGAGCAGGUCAAUCCUGUGUGAUCUACCGCGAAUCGAUUGAGCGCGGUGCUGCGUCGCCGCGAUUUGGUGAAGUCAGCUUGUUUGGAGGAGGAGCCUGGACUGCGGCCGUACAAGCAGCUGCACGCACCGGAGCGCCGCCACCAUCGACAUCAAUCAGCUCGAGCACACCUUCCGUGAGCUGUGACUCACUCGCGUGUAAGAGUUGUAUGGUCUCAACAGUGAAGAAUCUGAUUAACUGCUGCUGCCCGUGUUCCUGCUAUUGGGUGUGCACUACUAGUAUACUUAAGUCUUUUACUAGUAAGUUCCUGUCAGUACAAGUAUUUGCCUAGAACUUGAUUUUUUGGUGAAACUUGUGAGCCUGUUACUUGAAUCGUGCUGAGAAAAAAGUAGAAACAAAAUGGGGGACUCUAGUGUUGACAAGCUGUGUGAAAUGCUUAGUAAAUUGUUGGAGCAACAACAACAGUUACAACCAAAUCCUGAAGCCUUCAAGCAUGCUCUUGAGCCUAACCCGAUUAAACUGUCGGGGCCAGGAAACUACAUUAGUUGGGCUCGUCAUUCUCGAUUAAUUUUAAGCUCACAUGGACAUGAUGACCUUCUUACUGCUGAUGAAAAUGUGAAAGAAAAAAGGUCUGCUAAUAAACAGGUUAAUGACAGAGUACUUGUAUGGUUAUUGGGUAGUAUGGAGCCAUCUGUCCGUGAACAAGUUGAGACCAUGACCUCGGUAGCAGAAGUGUGGUCAUCGUUGGAGACGCAGUUUGCAGGAAAGUCAAAUAAGAUGCAAGCAAAUCGUAUUAUGCACGAGUUAGUUAAUUUGAAGCAGCAUUCAAAAUCUGUAACAGAGUAUGCUGGUGAGAUGAAGAGAUUGUAUAGGGAUUUGCACUACUAUCACCCAUUUGAGCCUUUUGAUAAGAAGGACCUGGCUAUUCAUCACAAAUGGUUUGAGCCUAUUGUGAGCAAAAUUUUCUUAGAUGGAUUGGAUGAAAAAUUUAAUCUUCGUCGUCAGUUAAUCUUCUCCAAUCCAGCAUGGCCUCCCCUGGAAGAUAUUGUCGCUAGUGUGUUGGAAGAGGAGACACGACUCUAUGGUGAAAAUGGGGACAACCAAAAGAGUGAAGAUGCUCGUGCAGCCAUGUCGCUGCAAUCACUCCAUACCUCUAGCAGAGGAGUGUAUGAUGAUAAGAACAAUUGGUUUUGUGACUGCAAGAAAAAAGGACACGCUAAAGAAAAUUGUUUCAAGCUGCAUGGCUUUCCACCUAAUUGGCAAAAGGGAAGAUCCAAGCAAGGGGGAGCUCUAGGUGGCAAGUGGAAGCAAGCUAAUCACACUUCACCUGCAGGGGAGGUACCGGUGGUAGAUGUUCAAGCUCUUGAGGAGUUUAAAUCCAAGCUCAAACUCUCCGAAUGUUCGUCUUCCUCCCAAGGUUCAUCUAAAGCAGAUUCCAGUUUUUUUUUGUCACUUCUCAAGGAGCUGGGGACAGGGAGACUACUUGGGACUGGGACCGUGCAUGAUGGACUAUACUAUCUUGACGAAGGAAGUGAUGAAGUCACCUUUGCAACUUGCAUGUCUCCAAUUCAAGAACUGUUGCUCCACCACCACAGGCUUGGCCACCCAUCUUUUGCUACUCUAUCUCGCAUUUAUCCAUCUCUCUUUAAAUCUUGCCCUAGUGAUGUUGGAGAUAUGCCCAAGAGGCAAUAAUAAAGUUGUUAUUAU